GAAACUUUAUUCAACAUUUAAUUAGAUCUUAAUAUAACAUAUAAUAGUUUCCCAAAUACUUCUUGUACAUUUUCUAGGCUAAUAGCUUAGUGUUUUGUGCUAGUUUACUUACAAAACAAGUAAUACCUGUAUUCAGUCGAGUUCCAUCUGCCUUUGAUUGACAUGUCAGCCAACCAAUCAGAAUAACAUCCUAGUGUACAUAGCUAAGCCGGCAUUUCCUGUUCGUGAACUCAAAGUUUCGGCUUCAGGGUUCCGCGUCUGUACACUGAUAUUGGAGCAAGCAUGGUGAAAAUUUUUAUUGGAAACUUGUCCCAGGAUGCCGAGAAGGACGAACUUGAAGCCUUGUUUGUUCAGUUCGGCACAGUGACAGAAUGCGCCAAAUAUAAAAACUAUGCCUUUGUCCAUAUGGAAGAUCGUAAGGCUGCCACUAAAGCCAUUCGCGAGCUCCAUCUCCACAAGCUGAACGGCAGACCUAUCAAUGUAGAACUCAGCAGAGGGAAGAACCAAGUCCCUGUCAAACUGCACAUUGCCAACGUUGAAAAGGGGUCAGAAGAUGACCUCCGUGCGCUUUUUGAAGAAUAUGGCAUGGUCACAGAAUGCGCCAUUGUUAAAGAUUUUGCCUUUGUACAUAUGGGCAGCUAUGAUGAGGCAAUGGAUGCAAUAAAAGGCCUGGAUGACACCGAAUUUAAAGGAAAGCGCAUUCACGUUCAAAUUUCUAAAAGCAGACCCAGAGCAGCACCUGAAAUGGAGCCUUAUCCACCCCCUCCACCUAGGGGAGGCUAUUAUCCUCCCCGUUAUCCAAGUAUGGGACCGGAGCAUCCUUACAGAAGCCGCAUGUCUGCAUACCCUCCUCCCCCUCCACCGCCCCCUCCUCCGAGGCGCCCAGUUUAUCCUGAUCACGGCUAUGGCGAGAGAGAUGGCUAUGGAGUGGUGGAUUACUAUGAAAAAUACAGAGCUCGUCCUUAUGAUGACAGACGAGCAAUUCCUCCUCCUCCCCCUCCCCCUUCAGCCCUGGUUAGAGAACGCCUUGGAAUGGGGUCCCUUGAUCCAUAUGAGCGGCGCCCACUGGCACCACCAUCCUACAUGACACGAGACAGAAGCCCAAUCAGGAGACCCCCACCACCUGCUCCAUCUGCGGGAAAUGGCUUCUCCUAUGAGCGUGCCAGAAUCUCUCCAAUGUCUAGAACGCCCUUGUAUGGAGCCCCCAGGCCCAGGGACUCUUAUUCGGACAGGGUGCCACCUCCGCCGCCUCCUCCACGCUAUGCAGACUACUAGGCACCUAACUGCCAGACAAGCUUUUAGACCAUGCUGAAGGCACCAGCUCAUGGUAAGUCAUCCUUGGAAGAUGUUCAUCGUCCUGCAGAACAGGUAUGUAUUAUAACAUUUUUCUAUAUUUUACACUUACACUUACAAUUACAUUUUCAAUUAUCACACAGAUUUCAUUUUAAGUGUGCAUUCACCCCACAAUAUUAAGUAGAAAUUAGACUUUUAUAUAUUUAAAAAAAAUGCAUCGAAAGUGGUUGUUGUCUGAUGUACUUUCUAUUUAUGCAAGUGAAGUGAAAAAGUGAAAUUGAUGUUUGUUUUGUUUUGGGUUUUUUUGAGCUGCAACAUUGAAUUUAACCACUUGGCAGUUUUAUAAUCAAACUGGUAAAAAUAUUGACCAAGCAGAUGUUGACAUUCCAUGUUAUCUCUAUCUGUUGCAGGUCAUAUGUUGAAUUGAGUCCAAGGACCUUGUUUAUUUUAACACCAUGAAGUGAAAGGUAGGACUUUGUCUUUUUACUGGUGUUUUAAAAUGAGCACUGUCUAAUUCAACUGAAUUCUCAUGGUUGUACAGGUGGUGAAAUGGUCCGGUUCAGUCCAUGGCAUAUCUCUCUGGUUCGGUCGAUGGUAAGGGAAUAUUUUUGCAAUCACUCCUACCACUUAAUGGUGUGGGUGAUUUUUUUUUUUGUCUUGGUUAAACUUGACUGGGGAAUGGGGGGUGGAGGGGGACAGUUUCUGGACUCAUCUGUUCCACUUAGGGUUAUCAUUAUAUUUUUUUCAUAUAAUUCUUAACUAUUUUGAGUAAUAAAGUUUCUUUAAAAAAA